GCGCCGCAACGCGCUGCUGCACGAGCUGCGCGCGCCGCUCGACCACUGCGCGCAGGGCGACAACGCAGCCAGCGAGUUCCUGGAGCGCUGGCAGGCGGCCAGCGACGCGCUGGACACGGCGUGCGGCGAGCCCGCGGGGGCGGCGGGGGCGGCGGGGGCGGCGGGGCCGGCGGGGGCGGAGCGGCCGGCCGAGGCGGCGCAGGUGGCGGAGGCUGCGCGCUGCGCCGCCGCGCUCCUCACCGACCUGCCGGAACUCAUGAAUAUGCUUUUCGAACUUCCCAAUAAUCUGUCGGAGAGCGGCAACAAAAAGCUGACGCGGCAGACCGCUCUCGGCUCGGCGGCGAGACCUUCCAACAAACACGGCGAGCGUCGCAGCUCCGUAGGUGCCGGCGUCUGGCGGCGCGUGCGCCUGCGGCUCGAGGGCCGCGACCUGCCGCCCCCCGCGCACCCCGCGCACCCCGCGCACCCGCCGGCACCUGCCCACCCGCCGGCACCCGCGCCCCCGCCGGCACCCGCGCACCCGCACGCGACACCUUCCCGCCGCGCUACGCCACACGAACAGGUGGAAUACAUAAUAUCGGAAGCGACGAGCGUCGAGAACCUGUGCAUGAUGUACGAAGGUUGGAUGGCCUGGGUGUGAACGCGACACGGCGCGACACGACGCGACACUACGCGGCACGACGCGACACGACGCGACACGCGACGCGCCCGAGCUGCGCCUGCGCCCGCCGGCCCGCGCGCUCUCGGGCCCCACGGACGGGGACCCCGCCGGGUCCGAACGGGACCCGGAUGCCACCACCAGCCCGACGUGCCCCGCUGCGGGACACAGGCCUCCUGCGGGGGCUCUCUUAGCGCUUACCGUAGAGGCCAGCCACGACACGACUCGGUUGUACGGCUUUGUCUACUCUGUAGGUUUAAUUGAGCUCAUUUUCUGCUAUCCGUACUCUGUUGGUCUUUGAUCUCCAAACGAUCCGCACCAGCUCGAUACUUGCCGUUGGCUCUAGCAGUCUCGCAAUCGCUCGGCGAGUUCGACUACACGUAGUUGCAUGCAUUAUUUCAUUGGUUAGACUUAAAGUAGUAUACGUUUUCGGUUAGAGGGCGCUGGAUGUCAGUCGAGGUUUAAAAAAAUUAAAUCAUCUCUUACUUUUAUUUAGGCUUAGAUCUUUUAGGAAUAUCGAGCGUUCAUCGACGAUUCUUCAGUUGCUUAUAAAAAAAAUCACAUCCCUUAAAAAUACCUUUCAAUUCCGGGCUAAAUAAUCUUAACUUCAGAUAAAUGCCUCAUUUUCUUUUGUUCAUAUUUGUUUUACCUCAGAAAAUGAGCUCCCAUAUGCGAUAUAUAUGCGCUCUCGUUGAAUGUAACUUCAUAUCUUCUUAGUGUAUAGAGUGGUUGUGGCGGGAACUCGCAUUUUAUCGUAAUAAUUACCCUUUUGCAUUUUAUUAUACUACUGUAUUCAUAUUUCACAUAUAGUUUUAAUAAUUGAUAUUAUGACGGCGUAAGAUAGGAUUUUUGUUAUCUUAUUUAUAUUUAUGUAAGUUAACGUUAAAAUUGUUGUUAUAAAUAUUUAAUGUUCAUCUAAAUUAUUCCAAAAUUCAAAAGAAUAUUUUUAUCGGGUAUUUGUUACGACGACGGAGUUCCCUGAGUAUGUUUGUAUCGCUUCAUUACUAUAUUAUAUAAUAAAUGGUGUAUGUCUAAA